AUGAAAUCUACAUCUCUUCUCACGUUUGCAUGCUUAAUGGCACCUUUCCUGGCAACAAGCGGUGCAAGCUUCUCAGACUGCCGUCCAAAGUACAGUGGCAAUAUUGCGAUCAACAACGAGCAAAUCGGAAUCACUGGUCAAUACAACUCUUUAGGUAAGGUUUCAAAAGGCUUCACCCCGGUUAAUUUCGUUUUUUACGAAUGCAAAAUCGAGGGUUAUAGCCGUUCUCCGGAUGAGUAUGGCUUCUUGAUUGCAAAUGGAGUUGACAAAAGCAAGUGUGCAACGGCUAUUUUGCAGGGCAGUGACAAGUCCUUUGCUACCAUCGAUCACUAUCAAUGUGACUACAACGGAGCAAACAAAGAACAAAUCAAUCGUCAAUUGGUGUAUGCAAAUUAUUUCCGUCCAAAUGGUGGAGAUGCAGUUAUUGACAUCACAUUCCAAGGUAGCCCAAAGACUGAAACCAAUACCGGAUUUACUAUGAGACAUGCUUCGCCACUCAGACCACAAAAGGUUUCAAAGAAGGCACAGUCAUCAUCGACAACAAGACGUACAACCUCGGAUAUGACACUUUAUCCUUGCAUGAUGUCGUUAUCGAACCGUCCGAUUCUAUCGUGCCAGGCCAACCGACCACGAAUGAAGAGAAGAUUAAGAAUGAUCUUGGAAAGAAUGGUUUCACACUUUCAGCCAGUGCUAAAGCAGUUUUCGCAUCUACCAAGAAGAUCUUUUGAGCUGUAUUCCGCUGAAAGGCUUUUUUGGUCAAAGUCUGACAAUCAAAAAGUUGCCAUGCUGCAUAGAUGCUGUCUCCUCCUUCUUCACCUCUUCUUUGUAGGGAUAUACAUACCCUUGACGCAAUCUUAA